GAAUUUUAUAAAUCUUAAAUGACUUUGCAGCACGCUUAACCUUAUUCAAAAAUUGUAUAAAGAGUUUAAAAAGCAUUUAUUUUAAAUUUUGAGAUUAAACUUUUAUCGAUUUGUUUGAUGAUGAAAAAGUAUACAAAUGGCUAUUGUUUUUUCGGGACAAUUUGGUUGGUUUGUAGAUCAUUCCAAAUCCAUAUCGUUAUCAGUUAUUGACUCCAAUUACACGUGCGAUCCAAAACUUUUUAUUGUAAAUAAGUAUGGAUUCAGAAAGUCUUCUCUUAAUCUUUUUAUUGACGAAAGCUUAAACAAGAAGCAACAGUGCUAUGAAUUAUCUCUGGAGCACAAAAAAAAAGAAAAGAAGAAAAAUAAAAGAAAGCAUCCUUUGAAUGCUGGAGAAAUUAGAAUGAUUGAAUACCAUAAUGAGCAUGUUGAAUUUAUUAGCUCAGCUACAAAGGAGCUUUUAUGUGGCAACAAGCUUUCAUUUACAGACAAAGCAGAAAACAACUUCAAGAAUCUUAAUCUUUGUGAAGUAUAUUUGGGGAAAGAUUUGCAUGAAGGUUUUAAUAUUGUGUGCUUGGAAGACCAAAUCUAUAAAAAUUCACUAACCAAUACAUGCACUGUUGUAUAUCAAAAUGAAAGAUAUUUGAUUCCUCCAAAAUCCUCGUUUAUUGUUUCAGAUUUUUCGAAGUUGUCAUAUUUAGCUAAACAAGAUAUUGUUUAUGAUUUGAUUGUGAUAGAUCCUCCAUGGGAAAAUAAAUCUGCUAAAAGAAAAAAGGAUUAUACAACUUUACCUGAGUAUGACUUAAAAAAGAUUCCUGUUCGAAGAUUGUUGAGUAAACAUGGAAUUGUGGCAAUUUGGGUUACGAACAAACCAAAAUACAUUGACUUUGUUAAACACCAAUUAUUUGUUGAGUGGGGAGUAAGGGUUGUAGCACACUGGCAUUGGGUCAAAGUGACAAAUGAUGGAGAGUUUGUUACAGAUUUUUCUUCAAUACACAAACGUCCCUACGAACCAUUGUUAUUAGGACAAAGAGAAAAUUGUGAGCUUAGAUUUUGCGAAAUACCUGAAAGAAAAGUCAUUUGCUCUGUUCCGUGUAACAUUCAUUCAAGAAAACCUCCAUUAAAUUUCAUUCUAUCAUCCUAUGUUCCUGAAAAUGCAUUAUGUCUUGAGAUGUUUGCUCGUAAUUUGCUUCCAGGCUGGUUGAGUUGGGGAAACGAGGUUUUGAAGUUUCAGAAUUCUAAAUACUUUUGCAAAAACACAUCAAUGGCAGGUGCAAAGGCAAAGAGAAUUGUGGUGCGCUUAGUAAGCAUGGCAGGUACUGGCUACUUUUACACAACCACACGAAAUCGUUUAAAAGAUAAACUGACAUUUCUUAAGCACGAUCCCAUAGUGAACAAGCACGUCUUAUUCACGGAACAAAAAGUUGUAAAAGGUGAAAAGAAGACAAAAGCCGGUGGAAGAUGAAUUUGGGGACAAAUUAUGGACUUAUUUUUUUCUGUAUUUAAGUAUUGGUUAUUCAAGCAUAGAAAUGAAAUUGUUUUAUAAAAAUCGUAAA